AUGAUUGGUGAAGUGUCGUGGACGAACACCGGGGUUUCCCUUGGCAGCGACCACUAUGUGCUCGAGAUGCUCAUGCCGGUUGAGGGAAUCUCGGCCCCCGCAAAACGCAAAGUCCUGGUCACGGAUUGGGGCGCUUUUCGCCGCAACAGGGAUGCGUCGGCUCCGACCACCAUUGAAGACCUCUGCGGUUGGACCGACGAUCUCCUAUCCAGCGCGGAGUUGGUGACCGUCGAGAGCGACGCCUCUUCGACCUCGGGAGUCAGCAACUCCAAACUCGAGCACAUGUGGCAAGCUCACCGCAGUCUCCAGGCCAGGUGGCAAGCACAGGCGAGACGGAACGGAAAGCUCCGCAAGCGCAUAGCUCGGCUGGAAAGAGACAUCGAGAUUUAUGCGGACCAGCUAGAUCGGCAGCAAUGGGGACAGGUGUGUGACAGUCUCAACGGUAACCUCCAUCGCAAAGACACUUGGUCGCUGCUAAGACAUUUGAUGGAUCCCACGACCACCAAAACGACGCAGCGGACCGACCUCUCCAAGGUCCUUCACUCACACGGGGGCAGUACGGCGGACCUCAUGGAGGAACUCCGUAACACCUACAUUCCUGCUUCCACAGAGCACGAAGAGGCCUUCCUCUCGUACACCGGGUCACCAAACCCCGAGCUCGACGAUGACAUGAUCGAGGCCGAGACGGCCGCUGAUGUCGUAGUAGACUAUGCCAGAUCCGUCGGCCUCGAGUGCUCCCAUGCCAAGUCGGAACUCCUUGUGAAGAGGGGCUACCACGAGCGCAUUUUCCAGGACGAUGUUCAAGUUCUGGUCAACGGCAAUCACAUCUCUGAAAGCGACUCGGUCAGAGUUCUCGGCAUGCACCUCAGAAAAGAUCUGUCAAAUGCAGACGCCGUUCUUCGAAUUGGCAAGACGGCCAAGAGCACGGCUCGUCUCAUUAGACUCAUCGCCAACAAGCGAGGCGGGGUCAAGGAGGGCGACGUUUGCCGCAUAGUGCACGCGUUUGUCGUCAGCCGCGUCCUCUACACGGUACCCUACAUGCGACUCACGACAACCGACAAGAAGAAGCUCGAUCCUAUCAUAAGACAAGUGUACAAGUUGGCCCUCGGGCUCCCCAUGGCCACGUCUACGGACCGCCUCAUGCAACUUGAAAUACACAACAUGGUGUCCGAACUCGUCCAGGCGCACCGGAGCUCUCAUAUCGUGCGUCUCUCCAAGACGCCUACCGGGCGCGCCGUCCUGGAAAGGCUGGGGAUCGAGCCGGAACCUUUGCAAGAGGCCCCGGUCGACGUUCCGAAGACGGUUAGGAAAGCGUUGGAAGUCCGCCCGGUACCGCGGAAUAUGCACCCUCAACAUCACGAGGAGCGGAGAAAGGCGCGAGCUGACGCCCUCAACAAGCAGCAUCGUACCAACUCUGGCGUCCUUCACGUGGACGCUGCACCGUAUCCGGGCGGCGCCUCUCGUAACGCCUGUUUCGCGAUCGCCGUGGUAAACAGCGACGGAUCCACGGUCGCCCAGGCCUCCGUGACCACCAAAGCCACUGCAGUGGCGGAAGAGGCGGCCGUUGCACUGGCCCUGGACGCGCUGGACGCAGGGUUGAGUCUCGUCACAGAUCCCGAACAACCCACUCGAACGGGAACAUCGGUUGCCCGGGACACCACCCCGGACCUCACCUUCGUCAAAGUGGCGGGGAGGAAGAGAGAGGUGACUUGGAACUACACGGGCUAUGACCUAGGAAGUGAUCACUACAUACUAGAAGUACUCAUCCCGCUGGAGGGGAAAGGUGGCAACACUGAGAAGAGAAAGCACCGGGUCACGGAUUGGGACGCCUUCAGGACGGCACUCACUAGCUGGCAAUCAGAAAUCACGGAUAUCGAUCAAUGGACAGAUAACGUUAAUAGGACGAUGGAGGGAGCCACGAAGGAGAUAGAAACGGACGAGAGUAUAGACAGAGUGGACAGCAGGUUAGCUCACCUACUGGAAGCUAAGCAGUCAAUCAAAGCAAGAUGGAAGGGUCAGCGCACAAACAGAAAACUACGGAAGAAGAUCGCGGAACUCAAUCAGUGUAUAGAAGGCCAUUGCAGGUUACUCUGCGAGCAGCAGUGGACCGAGGUAUGCAACGAGGCGGACGGUCAAAUGAACAAGAGCAGGACCUGGAGCAUGCUCAGACAUCUCCUCGACGAGACCAAGACUAAGGGGUAUCAGCACGACAACCUUGCGAGGAUCCUACACAAGGCCAUUAGCAAGGAAGGGGAAGUCGAGAUCAAGAGGCGUCUGGACGAGAAGUAUCUACCGUCCACUCCUACAACGGAACACCUGGUGUACCAGGGUACCGACAACGCGACCUUGGACAAGGACAUUGCAACGUGGGAAGUCAGAGCAGCCAUGCAAAAACUCAACAGCAGAUCGGCAGCCGGUCCUGACCGAGUUACUAACAAGGCGAUCAAGAACCUCAGCGAGGCGGCUAUCAAGAAUAUCACGAAGUACUACAACAAGUGUUGGCGAGAAGGGAAACUAACAAAGCAGUGGAAGACGGCCAAAACGAUCCUCAUCCCCAAGCCGGGCAAGCAACCCAGUGUAGAGAACCUCAGGCCGAUCUCACUUACGUCGUGCGUCGGGAAACUACUCGAGCACGUACUGCUGGACAGAUGGCAACGAUAUCUGAAGGAGUCGGGCCUCUACCCGGACUCCAUCAUCGGAUUCCGGAAUAAGCUGGGGAUACAAGACGCAAUGAUUCUCCUGAAGAAUGAAAUCAUAGACGUACCACUUAGCAUAGGUGACAACAGGGCCAUCCUGGGGCUGGACCUACAGAGCGCCUUCGAUAAGGUGAGCCACUCUGCCAUCCUUGCCCACGUCUCAUAACUUAACAUGGGUAGGCGAUCCUACGAUUAUAUCAGGGACUUUCUAACUGGACAAACCACAAGAAUCUGUGCGGGGGACUUACAACUAGACGAGAAAGAUUUAGGCAGCGUCGGAACUCCACAGGGGACGGUAAUCUCCCCACUGCUCUUCAAUCUUGUCAUGAUAGGGGUGGCUAACCGAUUACAGGAAGUUAGGGACGUCAGACACACCAUUUACGCUGACGAUAUCACAUUAUGGGUCAAAGGAGGCAGCGAUGGUCACAUAGAAAACCAAUUGCAGGAAGCGGUCGAGGCCAUAGAGGAACACCUAGAAGGGUCCGGGCUCGUUUGCUCCCCGACAAAAUCAGAACUGCUAGUGUUACCACCUAAAAGGGCAGGCAGCAGAAGAAAGGACGCGCCGAUCACGGUAGAGAGACCUAAGAUCACGGUCAAGACGGCGGGCGGGCGGAUAAUCCCGGAGGUAGACAAGAUCAGGGUGCUCGGUUUGCUACUCGAGCGGAACAGAGUAAAUGGAGAAACAAUCACUAAGCUCAACACCAAGGUCAUGUCUGCUACGAAGCUCUUACGGUGGAUCUCCAAUAGGAAAGAUGGCAUGAAGGAAGAAAGUUUAAUCACGUUAGUGCAGUCCUUUGCGAUCAGCCACAUUGCGUACGUGGCUGCCUUCCACAAAUGGACUACAGGGGAACGAAACAAAAUAGACGCCCUCAUCCGCAAGGUAUACAAGAUUGCACUGGGACUCCCAGGCAACGUGAGCACACAGAAACUCAUGGAGCUAAGGGUAAACAACACUUUGGAGGAGAUUGCAGAAGCUCAACGGUCGGCGCACCUGGAGCGCCUCUCCGGCACGAAGACGGGGAGGAAGAUCCUACAGGACCUUGACAUAAAUCCUAAUGGCAGCGGCUCGGCGGCUUCCGAACCCGUUCCGAGCAGCUUAAUGAGCGGAAUCAGUGUAUGUCCAAUACCGCGGAACAUGAACCCCACGCACAACGCGGAAAGGAGAGCAGCGAGGGCGGGUGCUCUCGUGGAUAGGCACGCGGAAGACGAGGGAGCCGUCUACGUAGAUGCGGCUGAAUAUCAAGACCGCGUCGAGGCGUACACAGCAGUAGUGGUGAGCGCCUCGACGGGAGCAGUCAAAACGGCGGCCAGCACCCGCACCAGAGACACGCAUCAAGCAGAGGAGGUGGCCAUUGCCUUGGCCAUCGCCAACCCCGGCUGCAAGACGGUGCUAAGUGACUCAAGGACGGCGGUGUUGAGUUACGCUAAGGGCAGAGUAUGCAGUGCGGCAGCCCGCAUUUUGCGGGCAGCCGAAGAAGCAGGGCGACAAGGGGCGGUGGUGAUGAAGUGGUUCCCGGCCCACAUGGGCAGUGAUGUGUCGUGGCGGGGCAACACCAGCCACAACGAGACGGCCAACGCCGUGGCGCGAGGACUCACCAACCGCGCGACGGCAAACGUGGCCCUCUCGGAGGGCGGUGCGUGGUAUAGUUCCAAGGACCGGAUGACUACGUACAACGAGAUUGUGAAGUGGUAUAGGUUAAAUAGAAGAACUAUGCCUCCCCCUCACUCUGGACUCAAGCCGGGGGAGGCUGUAGUCUUUAGGCAACUACAAACAGGGUCCUUACUAACACCAGUGUUAGCUAAGUACAUAUACCCGGGACUUUACGCGGACGAUACGUGUAGACUGUGCAUGAAGGCUAGGGCCACCGCGGUGCACGUACUCUGGGACUGUGAAAAGAACCCGAAAGAGGCAACCGAGAAGACAACGAUUCCCCCUCAGUUUGAGGCUGCGGCGAGGAGCUGUGACUUAGAGACUCAACGUAGGGCCGUCCAGCAGAUCUCGGCCGCCCUGGAGAGGCAACGGGCAGAUGAUAGUAGGGGGGGUCAGGGAAGGCCCGAGAAACGGGCGGCUCUCCCUCCCGAUCCCGGUUAG